GCCAGCGGAAGGACCAUAAACAAACCUUCGAAAAAUUGUUGCUUCUGCCGGGAAAGCUUUACGUAUAAAAUGUGUCUUUUUGAACAGAUCAAACUUCUCCACGAUAAUGGACUCCACUCAAACCUCAUAUCCUUGGGAAAUUUGGUUUUGACAAUGGCAGAAAACAGGCCAGAAUGUCUUAAUCCAGUGUCGAGGUACCAAACACUAGUUUAUGUUGGCCAGUCGCUGCAGAGUCAAGGGGAACACAGGCGUGCAGAGGCAACCUUCAAGGAAGCUCUUCAAUAUGCCAAGGCUGCCACUAAGACCAAAGCUGCUAAAACAGCUGACUUGUUCAAAGAAGGAGUUACAGAAAUAGAUGUGAAAUAUGCCAUGGCUGAAUGCAACAUUGCAGUGCGGCAGUUCAGCCAAGCCCUAACCCUGCUAGAAUCCAUUCCACAACGUCAUCGCACACCUAAGGUCAACAUGGGGCUUGGACGACUUUAUCAACAAGCUGGUAUGGAGAGGCCUGCCAUUACGGCAUACAAGGAGGUGUUAAAGGAAUGUCCUCUAGCACUGGAAGCAGUACAAGAACUACUCAGCCUUGGAGUGAGAGGUGCAGAAGUUGCAUCUCUUAUGAUCAACAUGCAUGGAAAUUCAUCUGCAACUGAAUGGUUAUCGUUGUGGGUAAAAGGACAUGCAUACUUACAUGGACGCGAUUACACCAGCGCCAUAAAUGCCUUCCGCCAGUUAGAGGAGACUUCUGUGCUAAGCCAUAAUGUAGACAUCCUGGCCACACUUGGAGAAACAUAUUAUCUUGCAGGAGAUGCAAAAAAUGCCUUGAGCAUGCUGCAGAGGGCCAAUGCUGUUGACCAUCUGAAUCUCAGGGGCACAGACCUCCUGGCAUGUCUAUUGGCCGGGGAAAAGAGAAAUCGCGAGUUGGAAGAGUUGGCAAUGGCUGCCACUUCUGUCACUGACUCAGCUCCUCAGCCUUGGAUUAUUAUGGGGUAUUAUUGCCAACUCAGCAAAAGAACAACAAAGGCCAUUUAUUUUGCUCACAAGGCAUGUUCAAUCAACCCACGCAGUGUGGAGGGUCUGCUGCUGAAAGGGACACUGCUACUAGAAUUAAAAAAAUUACAAGAAGCUGUUAUGCACUUCAGGGAGGCAAUGCAGAUAGCGCCACAUCGUUUUGAGCCACACAAAGGUUUAGUUGACUGUUAUUUAGCAAUGCAUCGAUCUAGAGAAGCUGUAACCAUUGCAAGUAAUGCAUGCAAGCUAUUAGGCCAGACUCCAAGAGCUUUAACUCUGUAUGCCUCAGUUCUGCUAAAGGAUACCUUGACUGUCAGUAAAGGAAAAAGUCUAUUGGAGAAAGCCUUAAAGGAGGAUCCAUAUUAUCUUCCAGCUGUUUACCUUUUGUGUGAAAUAUAUGAACAGGACAUGCGAUAUGAUGCAGCAAUAGAAUUACUACGAAAGCAGGUUGCAGUACAAUCAACCUGUAGACUUCAUCAGAUGCUAGCAGACUUUUUUUCUCAUGUACGGGAUGAAGAGAAAGCAGCUCAUCAUUUUGGAAUUGCCUUGAAUCAUGAACCAGGUAAUACUCGUGCACUGGAAGGAAUGCAGAAAAUGGAAGCAGCUCCAGACACAGUGGAAGCUCCACCAUAUGACAUGGAAGUUGAAGACAUAGCAGACUCUGAGGGUGAAGUGGAGGAAAGUGAUUUAGAGGCUGUUUGGUCAGAUGUGGACUUCUCCUUCAGUGGGCAGUGACAAGGUUCAGGGUACCCCAUCAUGACCAACGUGAUGGCAUUACUACUAGUGACUUAAGCUUAAUCAUUAGACUAGUUUGUACAUAAUCAUACAGCAUUGUUUAUGUUCACAUUCUGUGCACCAUUAGAUUUAUGGUGCAAGGAUCUUAGUGAAAUAUUACACUUGGAAGGAACAUCAAAUCAUUGCAUGAAGUGAUACUGAUUUUUAAUCAAAUUUGGAUGCUAUCAUGUAUUUGUAUGUAAUGUUAAAUACAGAGGAAUAAAUGACUGAAAAAAAUAUACUGGGAUGUUGCAGGCCUGUGAUAUUUUGUAUUCUGAGUGGCACAGGCCUGUUAAUCUUUACUAUGGAUACAGGCCUCAAAAAAUUUACAAACAAGAAUAUUGAAGGGGUGGUGCACCCCCUCUUUUACCCCUGAUUGUACAGUGUGAUUUAAAUUAAAGAUAUUUAUUACUUACGACGUUAUGAGUGUAGUUGAAACCAAGGUGUUUGUUGUGUAUGAACAGAAGUAAUGUAAUUUGAUUACUGGCAGUUGACUUCCAGUUAUCUAGUCACUGUAAACACACAAGAUCUUCAGAAAUACUGCCUAUAUGUCAGCAGCUUCAUUAGUUAACUUUUUUCUAUGCGAUGAUAAACAUAUCUGUAAAAUGAUAAAAUGUUUUUAUUUCAAAUGUGACUAUCAAUGACUUUUUGUGGUGUUGUGGCUUCUAAUAAGGAAUAAGGAUUGGUGAAUAUGAGAACCAGAUUUUGUUUGUGUAAGUUCAAGUAUUUCUAUCAGUUGUACACACUUGGCAAGCAAAGGAGCUUUUUUCUGUACCAUUACUUCUGUUAUCCAUUUAAUGUCAGUAACUUUAUGGUAUUAUUUUUAUCUCACCACAUAGAGAUGUAAAUAAGAAUAUGUUGGUGAUAUUUAUGAAAGGCCAUUUCUUUUUCUCAUUAAAAAAAAAAUGUUUUCAAGCACCAUGUCAGAUAUUAUAUAUAUAGUCAUAUAGUCAUAUUUUACAUGCAUAAAAGUGGCCAAGAAACCCAAUUACUAAGUUUAUUAUUCAAAGGCUGUUUAGUAAAUGCUUUUUGUAUGUCUAUUUUGAUUCUAGUACCACCAUUGUACAAUAGGGAAAAGUGUUGAGCUUGCAAUUAAUUGCAUUAUUAAUUCAAGGAUUUAUUCUGUUCAGUUGGCCUAACUUUAUCUUUAUUUAGGUGUGAGCUCUCACCAAUAAGACCGAAAAGCUAUCAUUCCAUACAUAACUUUGUUAAUGUACUUUUUUCUGUUUUAUUCUAGCUUGUGUAAUUUAUCACUUUCUCUUGUCUUCUCAUUAUUGUCAUUAUUAUUAUUAUUAUUAUUAUUAUUAUUAUUAUUAUUACUAUUACUAUUAUUAUU